GUAUCAAAAUCCAAAAAAAUAUCAACACAGCUGACAUUUGUUGACCUUUUUCUCGAUAGUCGCAAGUCUUGUCUAUAAAAGCGCUUUUAUUAAAACCAGUUCCAACUUUUACUGUGAAAUGAAAUAAUAAAUACAUUCAAAAGACUUUCGCCGCUACGUUUGUUUGCGAGUAACCUAGUUAUUUUAUCCUUUUAUCGUUUAGCGUUACCUAAAAAGUGCUGUUAUCAGUAUUUAUCAAAUUGGUAAUAAAUGUAAAGCCUAGUUGUACUGCACAUAAUAUUUACUUUCCAAAUAAGUAGAUAGAUGAUAAGGAUUUAUUUAUCAUCGAUACUACGAAGGUACGACGAUUUAAUUGUAAAUAGAAUGGUAUAUACACGCAGGAAGAAACAUGUACAUUAGAUUUUAAGGUGAGCGACUGUCCGACUGGCCGUCAGUAUGCACAUGUGGAUGUGGUUUGGCUACGACCUGGGCGAGUUCCUGUUCUCUGGGCUGAGCAUCAAUACACGAUGGGCGUUCGCCCUCACUUGGAUUGUCUUGUUCUUCGUGGCCUUACUGUUUGAAGGCUCCAAGGUGUACCUUGCGGGAGUGCAGCGGGAAGCCUACAAGAAAUUGAACCCGUACCGGUCUGACGAAAGGCGGAAUCUGCUGUGUGAUCGAGAACAAGGCAACCCCAUGGAGCCGACGACCAGUCGCAACCCCAGUGCGGGGCAAAUCAGUAGGUGGGCUUCGUUUAAAGCCAGAACAUUGGUGAACGGCCAUCAGACGUUGGUGUUCAUAAUCCACAACGUAGUGGGCUACCUACUGAUGUUGGCAGUCAUGAUAUAUAACGUACAUUUGUUACUAGCGGUCGUAUUCGGCAUGAUGCUGGGCUACUUCCUGUUUGGCACCAAGCUGACUCGGCUGCAGAUGCAGUGUUUCGGCACCAAGCGAAUGGUCAUUUGCACGCCCGAGUGUGACGACACAGCUGAAAAUACAACGCCGCCGCUUCUAGACUCAUCACAUAAUUCCGAAACCGACUUUUUUAUAUGCCAGACGCGAAAUUGCAUUCAACCUUCACAUUAUUUCCCAACUUCACCUGAAACCGGCGAAUCGAGCGGUGCAACUUGUUAUUAUGGCGCCAAAAAGUGUCCGUCCAAAGUUGCUAGAGCGCAAAAAACCCAAGCAGGCACUAGUUCCUGCCACCAUGAAAGCGAAAAGGAAGAUAGUCCUAGCGUGGAAGAUGCGCAACUUUUGCGUCAUAGUUGUUGUAAAAAGAAAGAAACUAAAACUGAAGAAAAAUGCUGCAAAUCUAGUCAAAGCACGGCCAUAGUUCAUGAUGAAAAACAUAGUGAUUUAGAGUCUUCAGAAGAAAAAGCACCGAGUAGAGAAGAGAGCCCGCAAGUUACUUGUUGCCAUAACGCGAAACCUCUCAGUGGCAGUCAGGAACAGAUUAUAAAAUGAUAUUGCGUGUUGUUAAUGUUUACUCUGUGGUAUAUAUUUUGAUGCUCUCGUCACGAAAGUUCGAACUGCGUGGUAGAUUAAUAUGUAUUAUUUCGAGUGAUGGUGUUGGUGGUGGUCACUAAUAACCAGCAUUUAGAUGCGAAAGAUAAACCAACCGCAGGAACCUUCUCGGAGAAAUGCAUAAGUGGCUGUUUUGCCCGGCGCUUUAGACCUUCUGCAUAUCAUGAUUUCAUUGUCAGUUCGCGGUAACUAGGUGUAUGAGCCGCGUAUAGUGUGCCUCUUAGGCAUUUCAGCGAGAAGCUACUGUUUAUUUGUUCUGCUAUCAUAAAUAUUGCACACAGGUAUGGCUAUUUAUAAAAUAAAUGGUCAAACAAAAGUUAGGAAUGUUUUUAGUGACAAAGUUAUAACAAUUGUUGUCUACAUUUGCCAUGAAGUAGGUAGUCGUUUUUAAUUAUGUGCACAUAAUAGGUAAUCAAUGACCCGAAUCAAAUAUCAAACACCCGAGCGGAUCACCUAUCGUGACAGGUCGAGAUGGCAAUCGAGGUGUGAGGCUACGCACACCCGCACGUCACCCGCGCCGGUCUCCUCCCCGAUUGCCAUCUCGACCUGUCGCGUACUAUAGUUUCUAUACUUUCUAAUAAUAUGCGACCGGCCUUAAAGUAUCAUUUGAGUUGCUUUUUCAACUUUCGGGACUUGAAAAUUAUGUAGUGAUUUUAAUAAAAAGAGGCUCAUAGAAAUAUUUUUGCAUGUUAGAAUAAUAUUUUUAUACAGAUUUAUUUAGUUGUGUUUUUAUUAAGUUUUCGUAGUUUAUAGUUACCAAAUAAAGUCUGUUACCUAAUAGUUAACGAUACGAAUUAAUUAUAGUAAAUUUUUUGUUUUAGAUGUUAACACGCUCAAUUUUAUAUAGGUGCGUAAAUAAAAUGAAAAACUUCCUUAAGCCUCGAGCAAUAAUUAGUUAUUAUGUGGAAAUAUGUAUGUAAAAUUGCCAUUAUACGUAGGUCCUGUGUAUUAUAGGUACCCUUGGCGCCUAAGUUGAUUUUUAGUUCCAUGAUUAUUGGUGUAUUAUGAUGAACAAGACUAGUAGUAUUUUUAAGUUGCUGUGCCAAAUUUAUUUUUGUUAAUUUAUCGAAUACUGUAACACCUCAUAAUAUUAAAGGAUCUUGUAGUCACUAUCACUAGUAGUACAAGUUAUUUGCACUCAAACUAGGCGUUAUCGUUAACUGCUCGUAGGAGUUUUCGUUAUUUCAAAUGUCUAUAUUGACCAGACUAUGUGGCUUUCAUUCAGUGAUGGCCGUUGAGUUAGUGAAUAACCCCACCCUGGUCUAAUGCGGUCUUGGACUUUCGCGAGAUCCUUUAUAUUUUGCUAUGCCUCUAAAAUAUAUACAUAGAGAAUAUUAAAACUGUUUUUUGAAGUAUUUCAGUAUUCCGAGAAUUUAGUAUGUAAAUUACUCAUUUAUUUUAGUAAAAUGAAUGCCUGUAUUCGUAAAAUACUGUAAUACUAUUGUAAAUAUUAAAUAUAUUGACGUUAUAUUUGAAGACGAACCCAUAAUAAAUUAAGGUGUUUUAAAACAAA